AUGUCAGCCGUAAGCGCGACGGCCGUUUUUCCGUCGCUUGACGGCUCGCCGCAGCUGCGUCGAGCCCCGUUUCAGUCACAUCCUGUAAAAUCCAGUUCAGCAUCAACCAGCGCGUUUCUCCGCGAAUCCCAACGCCAGUCCUACUUGAUCCUGCGACAUUCCCUCCCGCGCUCGUGCUUCUAUGGUCCCGAGCGUCCCAAUGUCCCCGUGCAUUUGAACCUGAUCCGUCAGUUAGCGUCAUAUUCUCGGCCGCGCCGGGCGGCACGCGCAGCAGCUGCACUUACCCCAGUCGUUGCCGCAACUGCGGCAGCUCCGCGAGGCGGCAGCGACGGCGAAUACGACAGAAAUGACCAGUGGGAUGACUCGCGGGCUCGUCGUUCUGAGCAAUACGAAGAUGACUAUAGCGAGGAUUUUUUCGCGAGUGAUGACGUGGCGUGGCCGCCCGGCGCGCGGUUCGGUCAGAGAGACCAGCCAGAUGAAAGCUGGAUCAACGAUUCUGAUUGGUCGAGGGGAUCCGCGGGGCCGCGCAAAAGGGGGCAGGGAGGGGAAGCGGAAGGAUCUCGCGGAAGGCGGCAGCAGGGGGACCGCGGGGGGUUGCAGGGGAGCCGGGGGGGAAGGAGCGGGAGAGACGGGGAGAAUGCGGGGGCAGGUAGGGGGAGGAUGCGGGGAAGCGGCGGUGGAGGGGAUGGCUGGGGGGAGCUGGAGGAGGCGGAGGGAGCAGCGGAGAGGCGCAGGGCUUUAGAGGAGCAGGGAAUUGCUCAGCAGCGGCGGGGUUUGGGGUUUAAGGGAGAGAGGGGAGGAUACAGCGGUGGCGAGAUGGGGAGGUUUAGGGCGGCAGGAGCAAGCGAAAGGAGCGACGCUGGGAGGGACGAGGCUCAGGGUUCAGGGUUUAGGAGGGAGAGGGAGGGCUUAGCUGAGGGGAGGAGGGAAGGGAGGAGUGAGCUGGGUGCGAGAAGGGGGGCGAGAGAUGAGGGGUGGAAGGCGGCGGGAGGGGAGAGGGGCUAUGGUAGGGAAGGAAGGGGUGGUGGUGGCUGGGUUGGGGACUCCAGGCAUGUGGGUGGAACUGAGGAGGCAGAGGAGAGGGAUUUGAGGAGCAGAGGCGGCAGGGGAGUGAGCAGGCGGCAGUGGGGGGAGUAUGAUGAGGAGGACGACAGGGGCGAGCGGCAGACAAGGUCGUUUGGCGCAGCGGCAGCAGCAGGCGCAUCCCUCCUUCCCCUCACUGCAGCUGCCCCUUCUUCUCCCACCCUCUCUCCCGCCCCUUAUCCUUCCCGUUCCCCUUCUCCUCCCCCUUCCCCUUCCCCCUCCCCUUCCCCCUCCCCUUCCCCGUCCCCUUCCCCCUCCCCUUCCGCCUCCCCCUCCGCCUCCUGCUCCCCUGCGCGCGCCCCCAAGCUGAAGCUGGCGCGGCCGCCGGGUGUGCCGUCCCCGGGGAAACCAGGGGAGGGCGUGAGGGCGGGCGUACCGGUGUGCUAUGGAUGCGGUGCAGAGCUGCAGACGCGUGUAGAGGACGCUCCGGGACUCUCAGAGCACAGGGGAGGCCAGGGGAGGGGAGGGCGUGAGGGCGGUUGCGCCGGUGUGGGGCCAGGCGUGCCGGUGUGCUAUGGGUGUGGGGCGGAGCUGCAGUCACGGGUGGAGGACGGCCUUUCAGAAAUGGCGUCGCAAGCAGCUGCGGUCGCUGCAAUUUCCCUCUCCUCCCCCCGCCCCACCCUCUCCCAGAAAAAGCGUCACAAGCAACUGAGAUCGCUGGUGUGCACGCGCUGCCAGCAGCUGUCCCACGGGCGCAUGGUGGCAGCCGUCACGGGGCACGGCGGUUACCGCGUAACGGGCCCGGCGGACAUGUUUGUGACGGCGGAGGCGCUGCGGCAGCAGCUGACGUACGUGCGCGGGGAGAAGGCGCUGGUGGUGAAACUCGUUGACCUCGUUGACUUCAGCGGAAGCUUCCUCUCAAGGAUCCGGGAUAUUGUUGGGCCCAAUCCUAUUGUUCUGGUUAUCACCAAGGUGGAUCUGGUACCAGAGGGAACGCACAUGGACCCGGUGGCGGACUGGGUGCUGGCAGCCGUUGCGAAGAAGAAACUCAAUGUGUUGGCAGUGCACUUUGUGAGCGCCAAGGCGCGCACAGGGCUGUCGUCAGUGGCUGCUACCAUUCAACGUGAACGCCAGGGAGCAGCCAAUGUGGGCAAGACUGCUUUCAUCUGCGCGUUGCUAGAUGAGAUGGCGAGUCGGGACAUAAUGGCAGCAGCAGCACGGCGCCGUCGUCCUGUGGCCUCGGCCAUGCCAGGCACCACGCUAGGACCCAUCUGUCUCAAAGCAUUCUCUGGAGGCGGGGACCUAUACGACACGCCCGGGGUGCAUCUGCACCAUCGCAUGGCCGCCAUGCUGCAUCCGUGGGAUCUGCACCACCUCGGCCCAAAGCGACGGCUCAGAUCGUUCGUUGUCACCGGGCCUCUGGAGCAGCACACAGGCACGGGCAAGGGAAGAGAAAAAACAGAAGAGAAAGUGGAGAAUGAGGAGAAGGGGGAGAAAGGAGAGCAGAAAGAGAGUGUGGAGGGAGCAGGAGUCGAAGGGCGUGCAGAGGAGGGCACCAAUGGAGAGCAGAAGGGGCUUCAAGGCACCUCUCUUUUCUGGGGCGGCCUUGUUCGGAUCGAUGUGGUGAAGGCGCCAGCUGGCACAGCUCUCACCUUCUUUGGCCCCGUGGCCAUCCGCGUCUCCACCGUGCCCACCCCUGCUGCUGAUGCCUUUUAUGAGGCUGAGGUGGGUCGACUGCUAGUGCCACCAUCCAAGCCAUUGGAGGAGCCGGCUUGGGAGGGGCUGCCAUCGCAGCGGGCCUUUUCCUUCCGCCUGCCUUCCAAACGCUCCAGCCCGGUAGCUGACAUUGCAAUCUCUGGCCUGGGGUGGGUCUCCUUGUCUGGCGUGAAGCCACGUCAGCGCACCAACCCCGAUGCUGACGUGUCAUCUAGUGACGCCACCACCAGUUCACAUCCCAGUGCUUCUAAUGAAUUUCAUGGCGAUGUCACUCGCUUCGAAGAGCGUGGAGACCAAAUGCCGGGCACGGAUUACAAUGACGAUGAUGGUCAUGGGAGCAACGAUUUGCUUGGAAAGCAAGAGAGCGAUGUGGAGCUGGUGGUGCAUAUACCCAAGGGCAUUGAAGUGUUUGUGCGGCCUCCCAUGCCCGUUGGGUGGUUUGCCAAUGACUGGUAUCAGUACGAGGAGCUCAGCGAGAAAGAGGAGAUGUCGCGGCCUCGGGUGUUUCACGAUGAAGCUUAA